AGAUCGGUGCAUAUUUGUAUGAGGGUAGGAGGAUCUUCUGUUUUGUUUUUCAUUCGGGUUGAGAAUAAGAUACGAUUUCGCUGAGUGUCACGAUUGAAAUUGUGUCUUCUCUGGCCUCUUCUCCCUGAAUUCAAGCAAAAAUAAGCUGUAUCAGCCUUCAAUCUAUCGGUCGGAGCACGUGAGCACUUCAAGCAAGCCAGUCAUGACGACGCUGACCAUCGACCCGAUGCUGAUGGCGGACCUGUCUGCCACCUGUAACAGCCUCGGCUACCUGGACGAUGCCACAGGAAAAUACCAAAGGGAGCCAGAGUGUCUGGAAUGUGUGAAGGAUUUGGUGCGAUUCCUGCGAAGAGAUGAUGAAAACCACGAGAUUCGCAGAGCACUUGGGGAGACCAAAGUGGUAGUCAAGGAUCUCAUCCCAAUUAUCAAACACCACUCAAGUGACGUUGAGCUGCUGGAUGUUACACUCAGGCUGCUGGUGAACCUGACGACGCCGGCGCUGGUGCUGUACGAGGAGGAGCUGCCCGGCGAGCGCGUGUCGCGCCGCUACUACAUGGAGGUGAUCCAGUACCUGCAGACCUACAAGGAGGCCUUCAGCGACAAGGUGUUCUGGGAGGCGCUCACCACUCGCAUGGCAGCUCUGCUCGAGAAGGACUGGGACAGCCGGAUGGAGGACGAUCGUCUGAUGAUCGAGCGCAUGCUGAUUCUGGUUCGUAACGUCCUGCACAUUCCCGUGAACCCGGCCGCCGAGAAACGCACCGACGACGACGCCAGCGUGCACGACCAGGUUCUGUGGGCGAUGCACCUGGCUAAGCUGGACGACAUUAUCCUCUUCAUGGCGCAAUCUGAUGAUGAGCAGCACCUUUGCAUGCAUAUUAUCGAGGUGGUGUCGCUGAUGCUGCGGGAACAGGACGCCAAGCAGCUGGCGCGCUCCGGCGCGGCUCGCAGCCAGCAGGAGCGUGAGAAGGAUGUACGUGAGCUGGACCGGGUCCGCGUUCAGGAGCAGGAGCUCAAACAGAAGAAGGCCAAACAGCUCAGCAACCUCCGACACACCCGUUUCGGGGGUACGUACACGGUACAGAACAUGCGCUCCAUCAGCGACCGGUCCCUCAUCUACCACCAGCCCCUGGCCAGCAUCAACGAGCUCUCCUUCGACAAGGGAAAGGUGCCGAAGAAGACUCCCAAGAACCGUCAGCCGCUCUCUGACGGUGAUGUGGCGCGCCGCUCCAUGCUGACCAUCCGACUGUUCCUCAAGCAGUUCUGUGCGGAGUUCCUCGAGGGUGCCUACAACAAGAUCAUGAACAACGUCAAGGAUGACCUGGCGCGGGCCAAGGCUCAGGCCAACGACGAGUCGUACUACAUGUGGGCUGUAAAGUUCUUCAUGGAGUUCAACCGGUACAACGGCAGCUUCAAGCUGGGACGCAUCACGGAGACGCUGUCGGUGUCCAUGUUCCACUACCUGCAGACACAGAUGGAGUCCUACCUGGAGAUGAUGACCGUCGAAAAGCGCAAGAUCCGUAUCUGGUCCAAGCGCGCCCACCUGGCGCUCAGGGCCUAUCAGGAGUUGCUGUUUACCAUCCAGCACAUGGACUCGGUUCGUGACGAGAGUGUCCGUGACGCCGCCAAGGUGCUCAAAUCGAACCUCUUCUACAUGCCCGAGUACCGGGAGCUGCUGUACGUGCUGCUCUGCAAGUACGACCCCAUCAAAAUGAGCAGGAACUUUCUGACUGACCUGGUGGAGACGACGCACGUCUUCAUCCGGCUGCUGGAGCGUUUCUCCGGCGGCGGCAGGAUCGUCGUCAAGCAGAAGGCCAAGGCCAAAAAGAAGAAGACCAAGCGCACAAAUGCCGGCGGUCCGGGCGGCGGGCCGGCCGGCGCGCCCCCUCCCCCGGACCCGGAGCUGACCUGGGACGCGCUCAGUGACGAGCUGUCCGCGGCCAUCCAGGCCGAGCGCCAGCUGCCCGAGGACGUGCGGCCGUUCGACGCGGCCAGCGAGGUGCCCGUGCAGGAUCAGAGGACGGACGCGAUGCUGCGCAUUCAGGACCAUCUGAGGGCCGGAGAGCCGAUCGACGCGCUGGCUCUGCUGAGGGCGGCCAGGGAGGUCUGGCCGGAGGGCGAUGCGUUCGGCGCGGCCGAUAUCGCCCCGGAGGAAGAGUUUCUGGCGCUGAGAGAGAUCCACUUCGCCGAGCUGCCAGGAAAUCUGCUUCUUUCUGCUAUGUAUAAAUAAAAGCAUCCGGCGCUUCUCAAUGUCAUCAGCGUACUACUGAUAUGAUGGUUUCGUGUGCCAUGCUCGGCGCGGUCCAUGGCGGCUCGCCUGGCUGGCAGGUCUGCCGUGCCGGCGCCAGCGGCCGCUCGCCCUGCCUGAUAGACGACUGGGCGUGCUCCAAAGUUGCUGCGGCCAGCGGCGCGCCAUCGUUGCCUGACGAAUGGGCCCGGGCGCGGAUUUGGGCACUGAUAUAGAGCUGCACUCUGCCGCGGUUC